UUGGUUCAAAAUUUUAGCACAUUUAGCAACUACAUGUUUCCUUUUGUUGCUUAAAUAGACAGUGUGUCGCGUUCACGACCAUGGACGACUCAAUAAUAUUUCGUAUGAGUGCAUUUUCUGAGCAAGGAGGGAGGAAAUACAUGGAGGAUGUUGUCGAGAUAAGAAUCGAGUACGAGCCGACGCCGACGCCGUCGCCAGCCGAAGAUUAUCCAAAGUCGCAGAGACAUGGAGGACAGGAAACAGCGGAGGGUGAACCCGCUAAACAGACUGAAAACGACACACAUGAGCAUAACGCCGCUGCUGAGUGUGCCCCAGUUUCUGCUGUGUGGGUAGAGAGUCUGUUAAACGAGGACAGUGGCAACAACAGUGCACCGGCUUCAGACGGAAAAGUCACGGAGCACGUAGUCAACACACGGAGGUCUGUGGCGUUUUUCGCAGUUUUCGACGGUCACGGGGGUCGGGAGGCAGCACACUUCGCCAGAGGGAAUUUGUGGGAUUUGUUAAAAAGGCAGCGGGGCUUUUGGUCGAAGGACCACAGUGAAGUGUGUGCUGCUCUGCGGAAAGGCUUCAUCGCCUGUCACCAUGCAAUGUGGAAAGAGCUACCGGAGUGGCCAAAGACUAUCACUGGCCUACCAAGCACAUCAGGCACCACAGCCAGCGUGAUCGUGAUCCGUGGAGUUCACAUGUAUGUCGCCCAUGUAGGGGAUUCAGCAGUAGUGGUUGGAGUGAAAGAAAAUGACUCUGAUAUCACGCUCCAAGCACUUGAAGUCACACAAGACCAUAAACCUGAACUUCCUAAAGAAAAAGAAAGGAUUGAACGAUUGGGUGGCAGUGUAAUGAAGAAAUCUGGUGUGAACCGCGUUGUGUGGAAGAGGCCCAGACUGACUCAUAACGGCCCUGUGAGGAGGAGUACAGUCAUCGAUCAGAUCCCCUUCCUGGCUGUGGCUCGAUCCCUCGGUGACCUCUGGAGCUACGAUUUCUACAGUGGGGAGUUUGUGGUUUCUCCCGAGCCUGAUACCACCGUGAUGACCCUUGACCCCAAACGGCAUCGCUACAUCAUCCUAGGCAGUGAUGGACUGUGGAAUAUGAUGCCACCCAAGAAUGCUGUCAAUAUGUGUUAUAGCCAUGACAAAAUGGUGGGACCAAAGGGGAUGUCUUGCGCCCGCCGACUUGGAUGCACAGCUCUACUGUUUUGGAAAGAACGCAUGCUUCGUGCAGACAACACAACAGUGAUUGUCCUGGCGCUGCAGGAGCACGGAGCGUCGAUCCCUAUGCAUCGAGAUGAGAUUGUUGUUGAUAUGAAUAGAGGAAUUGAUCACGUUCCCUACCCAGGAACUACCUAUAACACAUGUGAGGUUCCAAAGGCGGAGCAUGAGGAUGGCAUGUUUUAUGAAGAAGAUGAGAUAUAUGGAGAAGAACAUGAGGGAUGGCCAUGCCUGGAGUGGUAGUGAGAGUGAUGCAGAGAAUGCUCCCUCCCUAUUUAAAGAAAGUUCCACCACUCUGGAGCAGGCAUUUGGGCUGUAUGAAGCAGCUUUCUGUGCCACCGCACAGCUCUUACCCGAUGUUGACUGUGUGAGGGCCUCGCAGCCCCCCUCAGAUGGUUCGGAGAAUGUUUUCGAAAAGCAAGACUCGACAACCCAAAUGGACCCUGCCACUUCUGCUCCUCUAUUAAAAAGGUCACGCCGCCUUCCACACAUUGCUCCCAAACUUCAAGCUCCUCCCCGCCAGCUUAGCAAAAGUUCUCCCCACAAGCCACCUCAGAGCACAGUACAAAGUGAACAAUCCCGUCAAACUCGUGCUCAGAAGAGAGAAAGAAGCUCCUCUGAGGAAGUCCUACCACAGCAACACAACGCUGCCUUGUGUGUGUUCUGAAUCUUGUCUCAUAGAAACAAUGUUUUUGCCCUGAGACGUAUGCCACAGGCCUCUUCCUAGAUGUAUACUUUUAUACAAAGUUUUUGGUUUUGUAAAUAUGUGAGAAAUUUGAGAUUGUAUAUGUGAUCCUGUUAUGACUUUCUUCUUGCUCUCCCCCUGCCCCCUCUUAAAAUUUUAGUGUUUGUGGAAAUUUUAGAUUUGUUCGAUCAAUCAAUCUAUUUUCAUACUUAAACGUAUGUACAGUAUAUCCAAAAGACGUAUUUUGAAGGACAAAAAUCUGAGAUGACAUCAAUUUACAGGUAAAUUGAGAAUUGUGACACUCGAAAUCUUCCAGUUUAGAUUUUUAUUAAAUGAAUGAUUAUUUUAAAUGGUUUUACUUGUUGGAUCCUUUAACAUGCCUGACUUUCCUCAAUUGGGGUCAACACCUCAGACCAAUUGUUGAUGAUAUUUCCUGUUAGAUGAGAUGUGUUCCAAAGUCAUUGCAAAGGGUUUCUCUGUGUGACUGUAUUAUAAAAUAAUAGAGAAAAAAAUCUCAUUGUGGAUUCUGAGUUUCAAGCUCGGGGAAUACAUUGAUAAGUCACAAUAGAGGCCCUUUGUAGUAUCUAAGAGCUCAAAAUUAUGGAAAACUUCAAACAAGCAAUGGUCUGAGGUAAGAGUGUCAUGUUAAUUAUGCAGGUAUUGAUUUUAAAAUGUGUUCUGUCUUUUCUGGUGGCCAAUUAUGAGCUGUCAUGAUCACAGUGGCUUCUCAGCUAAUUUAAAAUGUUUAAUGCGCUUGCCAGGAUGACUUAAAGGGUCAUGUCGUCCAAAUCAGAGAAUAAAAAAUAAAAAAACUCUUCCACUUACCGCGGUUGCAUCUGUUCAUAUACAUGUGAUGAUGUGUGUGAUUUGAGUGAAUUGAGCCCUUUAUGAUACUAGCUGGACACUCAUCGAUCCCAAACAUCUCCCAUUUAUCAUCAGCCCAAACUAUCUCGUCUGUUUCACUGGUAGCGCUGCAGGAGUACAGGUUGUUGGUUAUUUUGGAUGCUGGUGGAAAAGCCAAGAUUCAAUACCUGUGCCUCACUCGAUCAUUUCAUUUAAAGUGUUCACUAGACACUAACACAGUUCCAACAUGUCUUCCUCCUUGUUCUCAUAUCUGUUAUCUUUGUUUAUGGUUUACAUCCAGUACUUGUGUUUUAAUCCUCCCGUAAAUCAAAGUAUGGUACUAAUGUCAAAUAAUUGCCAGAUUCAUGAUAUAGUAAAUUACAAGGUAAUCAUAAACUUGUGUUGAUGUGGCAGCUCAGUUACUCUUCUAGCUGAUUUUUUUGCCUUCUUUUUACAUAAGACUGUCAUGGUUGCCUUAGCACAGAUGAGUCAGGAGUGCUUUUCACAUGUUUUCAUAUUUUGGGACGACUUCUCUAGGAUGCAUCAACCUCAACCAUCAAUCGUGCACCCUCAGUUGUGUCAUAUUACCAUUGACUCUGCUGUGUAUUUAACCCUGCUCCAUGUGGUUAAUGUUUCUCAAUUAUAUUACAGAG